CUGAUCAGCACCCCGGUUCAACCGCCGAAGAGUGGCAGUCGCGUUCCGCAGCCGUCAUCGAACUACUGUUCAUUCGUGCGCACGCCUUCGUCAGAGCCUCGUCGCCGCAUCCCUAACUCGCACCACCGGACGAAGUCUUUCGACGAGGUGACCGACGCUUCCACCUCGUCCUUCGUCUACCACAGCGUAGAUUCGCCCAAACAAGGAAUGCUAAAAAGACCCGCUACUCUGGACGUAAAACGCGACUGCUUCGGCUUGACGAAUGGCGUUUCCACCGAGAGCGGCAUAUCCACCGCCGACAGCUCGUUCCUGACGCGAUUUUCUCCGCCGUCGUCGUCGAUUCCAGAUUAA